AUGGCUCGCCGUGCCAGAGGCGGAAUACGUGUUCAUGUCUCACUCCAGCCAGCGCUCGAGAGGACACGUACUCCGCUGCAUUCGGCCGCACUCCGGCUGUGGACUGAGCAGAAGCUGUGGAUCCGCUCGCUCACCGAUCGGCAGUUUCUGCGCUAUCCGAACCCGUACCUCUUCAACGAGGACGGCUCCCCGACAGUGGACAUCUCCACCGCCAAGGAGUUUUUCGUGCGUGUGUGA